UUGUCUUGCCAUUCCUAUUCUCUCUCUCUCUCCCCCUCAUCGCUGAUUCUCUCUCUCUCUCUCUCUCUAUCCCAGUUCUAAUUUUAUUAUUUAUCAAAUUAAAAGGGGAUAAAUAUAAAAAUUCUUCUCUGGUUAAAUUAUUUUUCUCAUCCGGUUACUUGAAAAUUACUGUUUUACCGCAGUAAUUUUUUCCAAAGAUUACUUAUUGCUGACGUGGCAUGCAUCCAAUUAAAAACCGCCAUGAAUACCAAAACGAUGCGUCUUCCCCCACGCCGCGUGCUGACAUCAGACAAACGAGUUACCUCCGGCGUCGUCGCCGGUAAACCCGCCGUGACAAAUCCGCCUCCGCCGCCGAUUAAAUCCAUCCUCAAGAAAACUGAAUCCGUCGCUCCGACACCGACAGCAACCGCCGCCGUCGUAGCCGAGCCGGCCGGUUCGAACCAGCUCCUCGCCGGUUAUCUUGCUCACGAGUUUCUCAACAAAGGCACACUCUUCGGAGAACAGUGGAGCCCAGCAGGCCCGUUUCAGGCCCAAUCUAAUGAGCCGAGAAAGACAAAGCCGAGCCACGACAUCGAGCCGAGUGAACAUAAGCGGAGGAGAUAUGCGGAGGUUGCUAAUAUCCUCCGGGCAGAAGGGACCCACUUGCCCGGUAUCGUCAACCCUUCACAGCUUGCCCGGUUCCUUAAAUUGUGAUUGGGCGCGAAUCAAGACGGUCUUUCCUUACCACCGAAACAUUCCUCUUUGUCUCUCUGUCUUGUUCGAAAUUGACUCAGAAAUGUUAGGGUUCUUGUUUUGGUUUGGAUUAGAUGUACAACUGUCUUUUUUCUUUUUUGUAAAUCUUGGUUAUGCAUUAAUUUCAACUGUUUGGAGAACUA